UUGAUUGAAGAUACUACUUAAUUUUUCGCAGCAAGCUUCUUGUAAACACCAGAAAAGGUCUCCAGUUUAUUAGGGGGAUAACCACGGCCUUGCAGAUUAAGCUCUGCUUCGCUCAGAAGAGAAAACCCUACGCUACGGGCCUUGAGGGGACUUGGGAGGAGGCGGAGGUCACUUUUUAAUCGCCGCUAAGUAUGAAGGAGAUUGUGACUAUUCAAGUUGGAGGUUUCGCCAACUUCAUCGGUUCUCACUUCUGGAACUUCCAGGAUGAGUUGCUCGGGUUGGCUGCAGACCCUUAUGGCGAUCCAGUAUUCAAGAAUCAUUCUCUAAAUAUGGACGUGCUCUACCGUAGUGGUGAGACACAACAGGGCACCCUUACAUAUAGUCCUCGCCUGGUUUCUGUUGACUUCCAAGGUUCGCUUGGAUCUAUGAGCUCACGUGGUUCAUUUUAUAACGAGGCUACAUCUGCACCUCCAGAUGUUGUGACAUGGACUGGUAAUGUUUCCACUCAUGCGGCUGAACCACGGAGGAGGAAUUUGUUCUUGCAAAGAUUGAAUGAAGAAGAGCAGGAGAAUUCGACUCCAGUGAACAACAUUAGUGGUGGGAGGAAUGACCCUCAGAGAGAGAUUCAUGAUGAGGAUAUAGUUGACUACUUAGAUAAUGGCGUCGAAUAUUGGACAGACUUCUCAAAAGUUCACUAUCAUCCCCAAAGUUUGUAUGAACUGGGUGGAUUAUGGAUGGACUCUCAGCAAUUUGAUAGUUAUGGAGUUGGAAGGGACGCCUUCUCCUGGGAUUUACGAGGAGAAGAAAUUAGUGAAAGGCUUCGAUUUUUUGUAGAAGAGUGUGACCAUAUUCAGGGGAUUCAGUUCAUUGUCGAUGAUUCAGGAGGAUUCUCCUCUGUAGCUGCUGAUUUCCUGGAGAAUAUUGCUGAUGAAUACAGAAACACACCUGUAUUGCUCUAUGCUGUCAGGGAUCCAGGUUCUUAUGCGAUCCACAAAAGCCAAAAGCAAGCAAUCUCUAAGAAUCUUCAUGAUGCAAUUUCAUUUUCAAGACUGUCAUCCUUGUGUAAACUGAUUGUGCCAAUUGGUCUACCCUCCUUGAGUAGAAGUAAAGCUUCCGCGUUGCUCUGCAUUGAAGAUCAGAAGCCUUACCACUGCAGUGCAGUUUAUGCUGCUGCACUGCAUUCUAUUAGUCUCCCUUUUCGAAUGGAAGCACUUGGCCCCUCUGCCGAUUCACGUAAUGUUUUAGGUGCUUUUGACGUCAAUAGUAUUGUACAAAUGUUAUCAGGGCAAGGUAGGAAGAAUAUGGUGGCUAUUAUGGAUGUUGCAAUGCCAGCACCUUUCAUGAUUGGGAGACAGGCUGAACAAUCUUUGUUAAGGAAUUUGCAGCCAUUGACACCAGAGAUAGCAGAAGAUGUGGAAGACUUGCAGGCGGUGGAAUCCAUGACCAUCCAUGGAGCAUUCGGGACAGGAGGCCAUCGGGCUCCAAUUUCUGAAGUAAAAGAUAUGGUUCAUGCUGCCUAUGAAAAUGCAAUAACAAGACCAAAGUUCUGCAAUCUAUCUGUGGCUCUCUGUCCUCUCCCAAUUCCUUUACCUUUUCCUAAAAUAUUUAGAAGUGUUGUUGGCCAACAUGGUGAGCUGUUGGGUACUCCUGUCAAUGGUUCUCCAUUGAGGGGAUCGCUUGAUGUCCAUUCCAUCCCGAUGGCAGGUAGACUACGUUCUAGCAGUGCUGUCUUGCCAUUCCUGGAGAAUAGAUUAGGAAAUCUUCGAAAAUUUGGAACUCAGCAAGGGGCAGUUGGGGCCGAGUUAGUUAGGAGGUGGGGCUUUGAAAAGGAUGAAUUAGAAGAUAUGGGAGAGACACUAUCUACAGUGGUUCGGGAAUUGGAUCCUCACUUGCAGGUGUCAUCAGACUCAGAUUAAGCUGCUGGUUGAGAUAUUCACUGAAGAGUAGGGAAGAGUUUUGGCAAUUGCAUGGAGAUCUUAAAAAGGCUGCACAACAUUUGUAAUUUCUUUGUGCAAGUGUAAAGCAUAGCUGAAAGUCCGGAAGAAAGAAAGGCAAAGCUAAGAAACUUGAUAAAGUGAUAAAAGGACUCGUUUUUGGUUGUGCAGGACUGUUUGAGGCUGAGCUUAUCUUGUAUUAUGCCUUUUCUGUUUUUUUUUGCUUCUUUUUCUUUCUUUGUGCAGGAAAUUUUCCGAGUCUAUGUAUAAAAGUAGUCAUUUACGAGCUA